AACUUCGACGGCAUUCAAUAUUUCUCCUUGCGCCGCCUUUAAAUUGCGCGCGCUCGCAGCUGACUUGGGCAUUUGGUGCCGGCGCUCCUGCCCUCGAUCCAGGCGACAUCAUCACGCCGCUGAUCCCUGCCUCGGCUGGCGCUGCCCAUCCUCACGUCCUCGUGGCCCGUCUAGCUGUGACGCAUCGACGCAUCCGUAGUUGUUGCUGCGCUGGUCGCUUCCAACAGCCUUCCUCACUCCCUCAACACUCCCACCACCACGCAUAUCUGCAGCAUGCGUCCGCCGGCGAGGUAGCAGCAACCCCAGUGCGCCGAUAGCGUCCUAACGAUCGAACAUGGUGGAGCUCUCCGCGGGCGCCAGCAUUGCUCUUGGAGUAAUCGUUGGCCUCGCUUCUACCAGCAUCCAGAGCAUCGGCUUGACCCUGCAGCGCAAGUCGCAUCUCCUCGAGGAAGAGAAGGACGACGACUACGAGAGGAGACCACCGUACAAGCGGCGGAGAUGGCAGCUGGGUAUGCUCAUGUUCGUGGUGGCGAAUUUGGUCGGCAGCACCAUCCAGAUCACCACCCUGCCGCUACCGGUCCUCUCGACCCUCCAAGCCUCUGGGCUCGUCUUCAACUCAAUAUGCGCCUCCAUCAUCCUCAGCGAACCCUUUACGCGAUACUCGUUCAUUGGCACUAUACUUGUGGCAGGAGGAGCUCUUAUGAUUGGAAUAUUUGGCGCUAUUAGCGAACCGUCGCACAACUUGGACCAACUGUUGGAACUUCUAGGACGACGUCAGUUCGUGAUCUGGAUGUUCGGGACGUUCGUCAUAGCCCUCUUCCUGGUCGUUUCCACAUGGGUCCUCAAACGCCUCUAUCAUCGCCCAACUCCCCGCUUGCGACUUGUUCGAGGCUUGUUCUUUGGCUGCGUCAGCGGCAUUCUCUCCGCCCAUUCCCUCCUUAUCGCAAAGAGCGCCGUCGAACUCCUAGUCCGCACCAUUGUGGAUCGCCACAAUGAGUUCAACCGCUGGCAGUCGUGGAUGAUUCUCAUCGGACUCAUUGCAUUCGCAUUGACACAGCUCUAUUACAUGCACCGCGGUUUGAAAUUAGUCAGCACCAGCGUUCUAUACCCCCUCAUAUUUUGCGUUUACAACGUUAUUGCCAUCGUAGACGGAUUGGUAUAUUUCCAUCAGUCAUCCAGAUUAUCGAACCUACACGCGGGGCUACUUUCUCUUGGGACAGUCAUACUACUGGCCGGAGUUGUAGCGUUGAGUUGGCGCUUGGAGGAAAGCGAUGAAGUGCCUAUGUCACCCCUCGCCGCCAAGCACAAAGGCCAUGUGCCAAUGCCCCAGACCGUUCUCACACCCGGAAUUGGCCUUGUCCAUGGUGACCUGGACAAUGAACCCACCUCUCCCGUUGAUUUGGAAGAACAACCGCCAGGCCUUCAUGGAGCUAUACGCGAACAACGGAAACGCCACAAUGUGGAUGAGAGAACGCCACUGCUUGCCCGAGCGCCGACGGGCCCGGCGUUCACAGUAACGUCCCGGCCAAAGAGAAGGCCGGCACUAAACACUACCCAACCUCAUAGCCCCCAGGGAAGUCCUUCCCCUCGCAGACCGCCAAGAAGGCGGCGCAUGACCGUUUCGGAGGAGACGAAUGAGAUUUGGGAUGAGCUGAACGAUCGAGAUGCUUUGCCCUCACCAGCUCGACGCUCAGCAGAUCUGGAACGGAGACCUCGAUCCGGAACCUUGCCCGCGCGUCGGAAAAAUAAUUCUUCGACAUGGCUGAAUCAGAUGAGAAGACGAUCGUGGUUCGAGGGUAUUAGCAUGGGUGGUCGACGAAAUAGCAGCGUAUCUCAGGGCAAAAGGCCUGCCGAUAGCUCCUCGUCCUUGCUUUACCAUCCGGACCCCGAAGAUGAAGAUCACUCAGAUCCGGAUGCAGUUCUUAGUCCUCGCAACAGGAGGAGGGGGACGUGGGAUUUUGGUAACUGGGGUGGCCAAAGAAACCAAGAGGGUCUAGGCGAUUGGUUCAAGCUAAAAUGGUGGCGGAAGAGGUGGAGAGACGGUGAGGAGGGAGAUGACGAUAGGGGAGCAUGAUACACCACUACGCUAGC